GGGUUCAAAAGUCAACAAAACUGCAGAUGGAUGGCGAAAUGAAGAAUGACUCAGGGAAGGUGACACAAGACAUGGAUCAAGGACACUGUGAAUCCAGUGUAGAUAGCUUUUCUUUGGAUUCGUUGGUCAAGGAUAUAAAUAAAAUUGUGAGGUGUAUUGGGUCCAUGGUAAACAAGUUUGAAGAUCUGAACAAACGUGUACAACUUAUGGAGAAGAAGUUAAAAAAAUAUCAACAAUAUAAAGAUUAUAAGUUUAAGAUUCCUACAGAGGAGAAGCCAUCUUCUAAGGUACAUAUACCACCAGCUUUCCCUGAGAAGUUCGAUCGUGCUGUCUUUUGCAAAUGGGUAAAGGAUGUAGAAUUGUAUUUUGAGUCUGGCUGUGUCUCGGAGCAUGAAAAAGUAAAACAUGUAGUCUGCACAUUGCCAUGCGAUGGAGAGGCUUUUAAAUGGUGGCAAGGUAUCCAAGAGCUAAGCAACACAGUCGAUAAAAUACAUGUCAUUAAGUGGAACGAGAUGAAGAGGUUGGUUAUCAAUAAAUUCCUUUGUCCAAAGAUUGGUUUGAUAGCUAACAAAACAUCCUAAUUUUCUUUGUGAUGGGUUUGGAUUUGCAUGUAUUUGGAGUGUAAGGAAAAUUAAAAUCCCUUGCGGUGGUUUGCUUGAAAAUAUUUUGACUCAGCAACUCUUUAGUUAUUUAUGUUUUUUACAAACUUCUAUUGUGCGU